AUGACCAUUUCUAACAUCACAAUUUUCUUGCCAUCUGUGUUGACUCUAAUUGGGAUCCCAGGCCUAGAAUAUAUGCAAUGUUGGAUUGGAAUUCCAUUCUUUGCCAUGUAUCUCAUUGCUAUAAUUGGAAACUCCUUGCUUUUGAUCAUUAUCAAAUUAGAACGGAACCUCCACGAGCCCAUGUAUAUUUUCCUAAGCAUGCUAGGAAUCACAGAUAUUGCACUUGCAACCAGCAUUGUGCCCAAGAUGCUUGGAAUAUUUUGGUUUCACGUACCAGAGAUUUAUUUUGAUUUGUGCUUGCUUCAGAUGGGGUGUAUUCACACAUUUCAGGGUAUAGAGUCAGGCAUAUUGUUGGCAAUGGCCCUGGACCGUUAUGUGGCUAUCUGUUAUCCACUAAGACAUGCUUCCAUCUUCACCCACCAGUUGAUCACCCAAAUUGGGAUUGUCGUAACACUUAGAGGUGCCAUUCUUGUAGUCCCAUGUCUAAUUUUGAUAAAGUGUAGGCUUAGAUUUUAUCACACAACGGUAAUUUCUCACUCCUACUGUGAGCACAUGGCCAUUGUGAAACUGGCUGCAGAAGAUGUUAAAAUCAACAAAAUUUAUGGGUUGUUUGUCGCAUUCACUGUUGCAGGAUUUGACCUCACGUUCAUCACAUUGUCCUAUAUGCAAAUAUUUAUUACAGUAUUUCGUUUGCCCCAGAAGGAGGCUAGAUUGAAAGCUUUCAACACAUGCAUUGCUCACAUCUGUGUCUUCUUCCAGUUCUACCUCCUUGCCUUCUUUUCCUUUUUCACACAUAGGUUUGGUUCUCAUAUUCCUCCCUAUAUACACAUUCUCUUCUCCAGCAUUUACUUGGUGGUUCCUCCUUUUCUCAAUCCACUUGUCUAUGGUGCAAAGACGAAGCAGAUUCGAGUUAAUGUGGUAAAACUAUUAUGUUCAUAA